CCUCCUUACACCAGGCGUUUUAACAUAUCUUAAAGCAUUACCACCCGUUUUAUUAAUUUUCAGCUUUGACGUUUAAGUCAAUGAAUCCAGCCUAAAUCGUAACUGUUUCCUAUAUUUACUCUAUCCGGGGGAAUCACGGGAUAAGUUUUUCAAAAUGACGAAAUUAAUAAUAUCACGGAUGGGAAAGUCCCUUUUUACGAAUUACUCUAAUCUGAUUGGUCGAGCUCUCCUUAGUGCUAAAAAUAGUUCAUACGUGAUAGUUCCUCUUAUGCUAAUGAGGUAUAUUAGAAAUACAGGGAGUAAAAGUGCGUUGCAGAACCAGGCUAAAAGUAUACGGAUAUUUCGGGAUUGAAUAAGAUAGGAGUAUAUAACAAUGGUGAACUCUAGUAGUGAAGGAGACGUUUGUAAGUCACUGAGUGACAAGGAGCCAUAUCUUACGCUCAAYCCAAAACAGCUAGAAGAGCUAUCAACUUCCGGCUUUAGUGAAGAAAGGAGAAGCUUGAAGGAGAGCAUUAGGAAAAAGCUUACUGCUCGAGUUUUUCCCAUGACAAGAGAUACAAGAAACCACAUUGAGAACUCACAAGGAAUAAUAAGUGGAAAUUUGCAAAAACGACCAAGCUCAGAAGGAGUACUCGUACACUCUAGUGGAGUUGAUUCUACGAUAAUAGAACGAAGAGACUCGGUUAUAAAGACAGAAAAACCUGAUAUUUCUGUAUCUAAGGCAAGCAGGGAAUUGGAAAAGGUGAAUUAUAGAAAGCAUAAGAUUUACAAAGACAAUCAUUUGGAGCCGCAGUCAAAGCAGAUUCGUAUCUAUUCGCCUAACAGUUUACCYCAGCAAGACAAUACUCUAUCAAUGAGACGAACACCUGUUACCUCUGAACCAAGACUACUGGGUGAUAAUGUAGCCACACUGAGUCUUCUGACUGCUUCGCAAGGACAUUUGGCUACUCUACAAGAUGAUGACGGAGACACGCCAUUACACAUUGCCAUUGCACAGGGUCAGGUGCCUCUAGUUCAAUAUCUCAUUCAUAUUGCAUCAACWUCUGGCAUUUCAUUGGACAUUUACAAUAAAAUGAAACAAACUCCUCUGCACCUUGCAGUCAUAACAAAUCAGCCACUUGUAAUCAGRUUUCUUAUUGCCGCUGGUGUUGAUAUCAACAUGCCUGAUAGAAAUGGGCAGACAGCAAUCCAUCUUGCUUGUCAGCGCUCAAGCGUAGAGUGCCUAAUGGAGUUGGUCAACUCACACAUGGCUAUUAAUCUGGAGUUGAAGAACUUUAAUGGAUUUACACCAUUGCAUGAGGCAGUUAUAUCGAACAGUCCAGAAGUGAUUAAAUUCCUUGUAGCAUAUGGAGCAAAUGUUGAUUGCAAGGAUGGCAAGGGUGGACGCACACCUCUGCACUAUGCGGUAGAGUUAGAAUUACUACCAGUCAUUCAAUUAUUAAUGAAUUCUGGAGCUAAUGUCAAUGCUGGAUCAUUCUCUGGCAACACACCAAUACAAACAGCCAGUGGGCGAGGUUUGCAUCAUGUUACAAAGCUGCUACUGGGAAAUCUUCAAGAAGCUUCAGGAAGAGAAAGCAGGCAUGAGUCUAGUAGAUAUAAGUUAAAGAGUACAUCAACCUGGAAACAAUAAAUGCAUAUCAUACAAGAAUAUUUUCUGCAUAGCUAGUUAGGAUAUAUACACUAUGGGCAUUGAAUGUCAUAUACAAAUUAUAUUUAUAUCAAGAAAAACUAAUUAAGAAUACAGUAUCUACCUACUACUAGGUUCAACAUUAGCUCCAAAAGGAAUGUCUGAAUAAUAUUGGAUUUAUCAAUCAUGAUGUACAGAAUUUUUUUUAGAACGUUUUAUAAAUUAACAAUUCUUCAUAUAUAUCAAUACAGUCGUGUGAAUUUUGUAAAUCAGUAUUUAUACGUAUCUCUGACUGAUUUAGUUAUUUGGCUAUAGAARUUAUUUUUCAUAGGUUGCAUUUUUUACCAAAACAUUAAUGUUAGUUUUUCCUUUUUGUGAACGAGAAUCUAGACCUUUCCUGUAUUCGCUUCCGUGACCUGUGAUGAAACAGUGAUUCCAAGAUAAGGUURGACUUGAUGUGUUCAUACAUUUACUGAAUUUUAUCAGUUAAUUCAAACCUGUACUUGGGGCCAUUGUUGCAUAGUCAUUUGAAUUCAGGAAAGGCAAUUUAUUUGUUUCACAGAUUUUAUACCUCUUGCUAAAAACGUUUAUAACUCCCUCCACUCUGAGUGGGUGGAUGGGUCAGCACAUUUCGUGCUYGUUUACUCCCAAGCCAUUUUUUACGAUAUUUACUUUCAAAAAGUUUUGAAGAAACUCAUUGGAAUCAUGUGUCCUUGCAUGGCAUCCAUGCUUUAGUGGUCAUAAUUAUCCUUUAUAUUAAAGGGUGUGAACCUUAGUCAUACACACUUGAUUAGCUUCAGGAUGGUAUUGAUUUCAAUAAUAACAAUAUGUAAAUUAUUAUAAUAGAUGAAUAAGAAUUCCUGUACAAAAACUCUAGAAGCUGAGACAGAACAGCAAAAUCAAAGAAGUGUAGUAAUUAGUAUCUAAUUAUAUUAUAGAUAUUUUGCUGUAAAGUGUAGGUAUAAUACCACAGAAUGAUAUUUGAGACAAACAUAACAUUAGACAUGAGACCAACUUGAACAUUGUUUGAAAUAAUUUAUUACUAGGAGAUUUUGUUCAAAUUUUUGUAACAUAAUAUUUUUUUUUUCAAUAAAAUGCUGAUUUAUUAUCAUAUUCUGCUGAAGUAUUCUUGAUUUUGCAUUUUUCCAUGAAAUGUUAUGCUACUUUUUAAUUUARAGAGUUAUUAAUAAUGUAUAAAUACCGAUAAUUAAUACAUUUACUUUAAUCCCUGGUCCUUGAAUGCUAAUGUUCAUCAACCGUUCUCACUGCACUGCUGUGCAUUUAAGAGAAGAGUGUCAUAUAACUGCUAUAAUAAUUGCAGUAUAGCAUCACAAACGCAGUAGAGACCAUUUCAUACAAAUCAGAAAGUGCCGAGUUCAACUGAAAACCAUUCAAGACUGAGAGGAUAUAAUAUUUCCAAUUAUUGCAAUGAUUUCAUGCAACUAAGUGCCACUUUUCCGACUCAUAUGAAAUACCCCCUUACUAUUAGACCAAAGUGUCACAUACCCCUACACAUGCCUCCUACGAACCAUUUAAAUUAGCAAUUAUGCAUCAUUUGAGCAAAUUUCUUAUGAUCAAGUUUGUUUUCGUGACAUACUGAUGUGUGAGUGAACUAAUAACUUGUUUGAUAGCCUUCUAUAAAUACUUUUGAAAUAUUUUUUAAAAUCCUGGUUAUAAGCCCCCUCUCCCCC